ACCCCAAACGCACGUGAAGCGCCAUCAAACAAACACCAACGAAAAAGUCCGCGAGCGCAGUUGACUGCAGCCCGAACAGGCCCGAUUAGGAUUUCCGGAGGUUUUAGCUUAAAUUAAAGUUUGGAUUUUAGUUUUUGGUGUGAAUCUAAGAGGGGCGCGCCGGUGGUAACGCAGUAUCCGUGUUCCUGGGCUCCACGGUCCGCCUGUAAACAUGAACGUGACCCUAAACAAAAGCCUGGACGAGGACGAGGCGCGGGUGGUGGAAAACGCGAUCCGACUGGCGGUGGACUCGGUUCUGAACGUUCUGUCCGGCCUCAGCGGCGUCAAGGUCCACGAGUACCGGAGAAUGGUGGCCGACAGGGACAAAGAGAUCCAGCGACUCGAGCGCAGGCUCGCGGAGAUCGAGCGCGAGCUCCAGCUACUGCGCCGGCGCGGCUGCACGUGCGAAUUGUUGCGGGACGAACCCGUCCUCGGCCGGGCCCGGAGCUGCGAGGAGCAGAACGAGACCAGAACCAGCGAGAAGACGGACGGGCCAGUGGAGUGUGAGAUGAGCGUGUCCUUGGGUAUUUUUAGUUGCCCCCCCUCUGACAUCUCCUCCCGAAGUUCCGAGUCCGCUUCCUGGUCCCCCCCCUCCAGACAGACCGCGGACCCCCCCUGCACCUCCUACUCCUCCGAGACUUCAGCGGCAGACAGAAGCCUGACUCCUCGCAGCGUCAAACAGGAGCCUGCUGACAUCAGCACCAUCACCAUCAAGUGGGAGGAGGGAAAUUUUCAGGAGAUAGCCUGCGACCCCCCAGCGGAUGGGGAGAGACCUGCUGAGGCUGAGAAGACAAAUGAGAUGAGGGAGGAGCCUCAGGGUGACCCCGGAGAACAGCACCUCCUGGAGGCGGAGCAGCUCAGCAGGAUGAAGAAGAGGAGCGUCCCGACGUGUGAGCUGCCAGAAGAAGCUCAGAGGCUGAAGAGGGCGGCCUGGAGAGCAGCGUCCCGGCGCUACUACGCCCGUAAGAUCGCCCGGCAGAAGGUGAACCCCCAGCGCUUCGCCCCUCUGGCUCCCGUCCUAAACUCCCAGGAAGCUCCGCCCCACUACUUGCUGGACAGGAGAAGUGCGCUGAUAUCGCAGUUCCCUGAGGAGUCGCAGGUGAUGCAGAGGGAGGCGUGGAGGGCUGCGUCCCGCAGGUACUAUGCCCGCAAAACCGCCCGCCCGCAAAUGCAAGGCCACCAGUUCGGACACUUGAUCCUCAACCCGGCCGGAUCCACGCAGGGGGCAAACGGAGAGGGGCCCCACUGCGCCAACGGAGGAAUUAUGUGCAGCUGAUAGACGGACGGCGAUCCUCAGAGAAAUACGGUUGAGGCAUUUUUGAUCAAUAAGCUAACAGGAACGCUCAUCCUGGAUCGGGAAAAACUCCAGUCUGCUGAUCAUCUACUGAUCCACAUGCUGCGUUCACAGAAACACCGGAAAACGCAGCUUCUGGAAGUAAACACGACUCUGUUCGUCCAGUCUCAGCAUGAGUCAGCAGACGGCUGAUGCGUUCAAGUGUCUUAUUCAGAAUGGAAGUCAUGAUUUAAAGCCAGAACGUUUCACAUUAAUACAGAAUAAACCUCAAAAAUGUUUCAAUAAAAGAUAGAAUAAAUCCUGUGACAUGUUUUUAGAGCAUUAAGACUUUUUUUGACUUUCUAAAUGUAUAAAUUCAGAUUUAUCUUCUCUUUGUUUUGAGGGUGUCUAUUUUUCUGGGUUUUUUUGUAGUUUAGUGGUGAAGAUUCUGACU